AUGACCUCCAAAGAUAUGCUCGGUAAACUGACAUCUGCACCCCCGCCAGUCCUCGUGACUCUACCGCAUCCACCUCAAGAGAACAGCUCUUCACCAGUUCCAUUCUUCCACCUCCUAGAACGCCUUAAGACUACCAAGAGAGAAGGCUGGAGACGGUUCGACAUUUCUCAUGGCGAGUCUAUAGCCGACCACAUGUACCGCAUGUCCGUCAUGACCAUGCUGGCACCCCCCUCGCUUGCGUCAAAGCUGAACAUCCUCCACUGCACCAAGAUGGCUCUCGUUCACGACAUGGCCGAAUCCAUCGUCGGGGAUAUAACGCCCGUCGACACCGAAGUCACAAAGGCCGAGAAGGCACGGCGCGAAGCGGAAGUGAUGGAGUACAUAUCAAGGACACUACUGGGCAGCGUCUUCGGCGGAACUCCAGGCGAGGGCCUCCUGAAGAUCUUUGAGGAAUAUGAAGAAGACAAGACGCUUGAAGCGCGGUUCGUGCAUGAUAUUGACAAGAUGGAGUUACUCCUGCAGACUGUUGAGUAUGAACGGUCUCAUGGUGGGAAGCUCGAUUUAUCGGAAUUCUACCACGCUUUCGACAAGAUACGUCUACCGGAGAUCAAAGCAUGGGGCGAGGAAGUUAUCCGGGAGAGGGAAGCCUUCUGGGCAGACAAACCAACCCCGGGUGCCGUUCCCAAAUAA